GCAUGGUUGCAUGCUUGAGAAGCUGGCGUGGUCGAUGGCUGGCUAUAUUAUGUAUGCUGCGUGCAUUUUAUGAACACGAGGGUAUGGAGCAGAACAAGCUAUACCAGCUAGCUGGGAGGACCGCAGCCGAUCCGCAAGGAAGGAGUACCACCAGGCCGCGGCAGGUUCCAAAAGAUGCAGAAUGGUUGUCCCGCAAGACUCGCCCAUGGGAGAACUGCCAAUGGAGGAAAACACUCACUCGUGCGUAAUCCCACUUGCUGAAGAAGUGCCGCUGGGCGGCUUGCUAGCAAUUGCUUUCACAGAUGGGGGUAUGUCAUGGGCCUCCUAACGCUCAGUGCUGUGCCACAUACAACACUAAGAUGGCGGCGGUUACAAGAGCGGGGUGGUUGUCGAUGGUAACAAGAGGGGAGGAAUUGGCUUUCCAUCCACUGCUGGCAGGCUGCCAUGUGUCCGCCUCUCUCCGCCCCACAGAUCUGGAUCAGAGUCGCAAAAGCCAGGAGUUGCGCAGAGCUUUCGUCGGGGCUGAUGGUGGUUCGAUGGAAAGGUCUGCCAUCCAAGUCCCUUUCUCUCUGACAUGCUGUGGCCGGCAUUCCAUUGCUGCUGUUAUCGGUAGGGGGAAUGAGCGCGUACAUCAUGUCGUCUAUCGUCAUGCAGGUGCUGUGCCUGGUUGUGCCGUAUUUCGUUCGCACGAGAAAAGGAGCGGCUGGACGGACAGGACACUAUCAAAUGGUGCACGGAGGUGAUAGCGAUUGGGAUGGCAGUGGUCCAGAGUCCGGUUAUCACGGGGAUGCCCAUCCAGUUCUCGCUGUAUGCGGAGUCGCGGCGGUUUGUGUAUUUUUUUGGUGAAGUGCUCGUACCCUCGGGGCGUGGCUUCUGCAUAAGAUCAGCGAUCAGGUCACCUUGGCUGGUUUCUGUUCGGGCUCAUCGGUCAUCAUUUCCAUCAGCAUUUUGAGGGGUUACGCUGAUUCGCCGAGCAUCUUGGUGAGGAACAUGCGGCAGAACGGAGGUUUCACGUAGGGGUCGUCUUUUCUCCUCUUUCUCAUCUUCUUCUUGUUGAUGACAGCGGGGCCAGUUUUUGUAAUCGAGGGACGGAGGAAGGUUCCCGUGGUGUGUUUCAAGGCGAGGGUAAGAGUAGGGCACGCUUCCCCUCCUCCUCUCUACAAUGAGUUGUCGGGGACUCCGACUCAGAUGCCUACAUCCAUUUCAAUAUCGACCCUGGCGGAAUGCAGCCCGUGCUUCUUGCCACCUACCUUCUUAGUGUCCCGGGCUUCUUGCAAGUGCCACUCAGAACCCCUCCGCCCACCAUCCUCGUUCGCGAUGCUCUCAACCCGGUUAACCCGGUCAACCCGGUCAACCCGGUCGACCCGGUCAACCCGGUCAAAGGUGGUCCUUGGCUGUAUUAUUCCUGCAGUUUCCUCCUCAUGUUUGUGAUGAAUCAGCUGGAUAUCAUGGAUCUGCCGAAGGAAAUGGCGGAGUUACCGCAACUUACCUGAGUACCUUGCGGAGAUCGGUGCAAGGGUUCCCGGUGUCCGACCAGGAGUUGCCUCAAUUAAGCAUUUGGGGUUUGUUCAUGCCAGUGCUCCCUUUCAGGCGCUCCUCGCUCUUCUGACGACUGUCUUCGGCCUCGUCGAUCAGCGCUACCGGGCCAUGUACCUGGGACUCACCAUCGGGCUUACGACUUUACGUCUAUGCUCAGUAUUGUGGGCUCGAUUAUCUGGAUGAAGCGUGCUAUCGUCGCUUAAUCAGCAGAUGCCAAGGCUGCAGAAAGUUCUGCGCGAGUAUAGAGUCUGACGUGUUUGUUGUUUUGCAGAAUAUGUGCAAGCGCCAUGUUCUCUGCCGCAAUUCUUUUGACAGCAAUGACCUGAAUUAGGUCAUUCUCACCUCAGCACUUUCCCAUAUGCGUUUGGCCACUAUUUACCACCACAUUCAGCCCAAAAAAGUCCAUGUCUCUACUACUAAUAAGCCCGCCCGCCCUCACUGCGCAACCCCAGUCACCUUCCCUCUUUCUCUUUCCUUGCUCCGCAGUUCGGUAGCCUUCAACCUCCACUCAUCAGUCAUCUUGUGCACACACAGGCCUGCCACAUUGUAAAAAUCAUCGCCACAUUGUGGACAAUAGAGUCAAUACUACUAUUCUCAGCUCGUGUGUACGGGGAGCUACGUCGUUCCCUAUCGUUGCGAGCAUGUCAGGAAAGUAGCUGCAACUUUAACGACGGUAGUAUUGUUCCGGAUAUGCUUCAACCUUGUCAGUCAUCCAGUGAGCACACCUGCUGGGUGAUAAGCUGGGGGGGGGGAGGAAGGGGGAAGAGGAGGAAGGGGGAAGAGGAGGAAGAACCAAGAUAGCGUAGGAUAGGAAAUGUGAGCCGUCUGGCCAAACCAACUUGAAUAUUCUGUCAAGGGACAUGAUCCAACUUGCUUUGUAAUGUCUUUCCGCUGAAGACCACACCGAGCAGUGGAGGGGACAAAGAUUUAUCCCAAGAAAGAAUAUCACCAGUUAAUUGAUUUGUAAAUGCAUGUGCUUGAGCUCUACGUAGAUCCGGCUGAUGAAGUUCAUCGGUGAAGUGUGCCUUCUUGUCCCAAAUGGAUCAUGAAAUUGGCAAUCGCUGGCCCAUAGUGAUGCCGAGCGAUUGAUGGUCCAGAGAGCGGUCUACUACAUAGAGGUAUUAAGUGUU